CACCAAAGUUUUUCUUCUUGCUCAUUUUAGUUUCAAUUUUGCAUAUUAUUUCGUUACAUAUUAUUUUUAGUUUCUCUUCCGUCCCUGUAAUGUCUAUGUGAUCGUUAGUUAACAUCAAAAUUAAUCAAUGGGUUCUACUGCUGCUGCUGCUGCUGCUGUGAAUAUGGCGUCUUUGAUUACUGCCAUCCCUGUUUCUUCGACAAAAUUGAACUUCAAUGACAAAUUUACAUCUGGGUUUCAUUUCAAAGGAGCUAGGGCCAUCACCAAAAUCACUGCCAUCUCUCCCAACGGCUCUGCUUCUCGUUCUGCUUCACAUGGGGCUGAGUGCUCAGCUGGGGAUGUGGAUAAACGAAGAAGUAGUCUUGAAUCUCUGUUUUGUUAUGAUAUGGCUGUACCAGAAGAGAGAAUUGAGAAGCCUAUUGGGAUAUCUUUGGCCGAGAAAGUCAUUGGAAAUAAGCCCCGAUGCAUUGAUUGUGAAGCCAAAGGUGCCAUCCUUUGCACCACUUGUUCUGGUUCAGGCCUGUAUGUUGAUUCAAUAUUGGAGAGCCAGGGCAUUAUUGUCAAAGUCCGCUGCCUAGGUUGUGGGGGAACCGGUAACAUUAUGUGUUCAGAAUGCGGUGGCCGUGGCCAUUUAGGAUGACCUACUGGUUCGCUUAUCUUCAUUCCAUGGAUUUGUUUCAUGUGCAAGUAACUUGUAUUAUAGACAUAAGGCCUUCUCGUAUUCUUUGGUUCAUGGUGGGUGAUUCUACGAUAAAUCUGUAUUCGAGUGUAACAGUAAUGUAUGUGAUUCAUUUAGUUUUGGCAAUGCUAUUCUGCCUCAGAUUUUAUGCGCUC